UAAAUUCAUAAUAAAAUAUUUACUUUGGUCACAUGAUACAUUUCUAAUCUUUUUAACCCAAAUAAUAAAAAAAUCACUCAGCUACCUUGCUCCUUCCACUCAGCUACCUUGCUCCUUCCACAUAUUCUUAAUCCUUCUUUUUGGCCACAAACACUAAUCCCAUUUUGUAGUAUAUAUACAUGGAGAGAGAGGAAGGUAUAGUUUCAGACAGUAACAGAUUAACAAACUGUAUACACAACGGUAUUAUAUUGGUAACAUCUCAAAGAGCAGAGAGAUCAAAGUCAAAGCAAUGAAGAGAGGAUCUUGCAAGAGUCUUAGACUUACCGAUAUGAUGGAGAAGUGGAGGAAGUGGAAGAAGGGACACUUCGCUGUGUACACCAGAGAAGGCAGGAGGUUUGUUUUGCCGUUGGAUUACCUGAAACAUCCAAUCUUUCAGGUCUUACUGGAGAUGGCAGAGGAAGAGUUUGGUUCCACCAUUUGUGGCCCUUUACAGGUUCCUUGCGAUGGAGGUUUGAUGGAUCACAUCCUAAUGUUGCUGAGAAAGAGGAGUUUGUAUGGUCAUGGUGAUAAUGAGGAUGAUGAUGAUGAUGAUGAUGAUGAUGAUGAUGUGAAGAAGAAGCAGAAGAACCAUGUUGUCUCGUCCAUGAGCAUGUCCUGCAAAGGAGCUUCAUCGGUUUCAUAUAUAUUCCCUCUCUUUCGUUGCAACGCAGCUCAUGAUCUGAACAAACUUCAGUCACUAGUUUUGUAACACUUUCAUGCGUUGUGGGAAACGCUUUUACAGACGAAAGUCUUUUAUGUUUGUAUGUAUAUAUAGAGAAACAGAGUUUCUAUAUAAGCCUUGCAUUUUGUAAUAUCAAUAUAUUCAGUUUUGACA